CCCGCCGCUCCCGGCAUGCCGUGCGGCUGUUAAUGGCGGCCCCACCGCGACCGGGCGGCGUCAACCCGCUGGCCGGGUUCCCCUUCCCGACCGGGGGCGGCAGCGAUGACAUCGGGAGAAGCGGGGCCCAGGGCGGCGCAGAGCGUCCCAAAAAACCGUGCCGGGCUUGCGUGGAUUUCAAGACGUGGAUACGGGAGCAGAAGAAGCUGGCGGUGUCUGCGGGGAAGGAAGUGGAUGUUUCAGAGGAUCUGGAUAAAGAGCGUCCCGUUGAAUGUCCUUUAGAUCGUGAAGAGCUAGGGAGGAACACUUGGUCUUUUCUUCAUACAAUGGCUGCUUAUUAUCCAGACAAGCCCACCACCAGCCAACAGGAGGACAUGAAACAGUUUAUUACUUUGUUUUCAAAGUUCUUUCCUUGUGAGGACUGUGCAAAAGAUAUGAGAGACAGACUGAAGGUGAUUCCGCCAGACACUAGCAACAGGCAUAAACUUUCUCAGUGGAUGUGCCUUCUCCACAAUGAUAUCAGCAAACGGAUAGGAAAACCCGAGUUUGAUUGCUCCAAGGUGGAUGAGCGAUGGAAAGAUGGUUGGAAGGAUGGUUCAUGUGAUUGAUUUUUUUAUUUAAAAUCUCAAGUUUGACUUGGA